UUUUUGGUUUUCUAAAGGUCACUGCCUCAUUUUAAAUAAAAAUAAGAAAGAAAGAACAAUAUGGCGUCCAAUUUAUGCAUAAACAAUAGUUACAAUAAAGAAACAUCUGUGGUUAUUAAUGCCUUUUUUAAAGCCUAGAUUGACUAGCAUUGUAAACUUGCGCUUGCUUAUACUAGAAAGUGGAUCUUCUAAUUUGCUGACAACAGCACUGUUCUCUUCAACUGAAGCUGUGGUUUAAGCAUAGGACUGCAAGAUGAACUUUGAACUUCCGAGGUCAUAUGAAGGAGCCUUGUCAGAAGCUCUUGAUCUGUCCAAGAAAAAGCCUGCAAGUAGCAGCGAUGAUCUGGUUGUGAAUAUAAAACAAGAGAAGGAAGAUGAUAUGGAAGAGAUUGUUGUGCCUAGUGUUGAAGCUUCUGCCAGGAUGUUACAGGAGCAUUUUAAUGCUAGGAUACAGGCCAGCCUUUAUAGUGAAAGCUUGGCUUAUCUGUCCUACCUAAAACAGCAACAGUUGCAUCAAGCUGAACAGCAAAAUGUACUAAAAGCCAAAUCCCUGAAAGCUAAUUCCACUAGCAACAAUGUUGCAACUAACAAUAAUGUACCGCAAAGUGGUGCACCAAAGGGCCAGAAGAAGAAACGUACCAAAUCCUACAAGUGUGUUAUCUGCAAUCGCGUGUUCACUCGGUGCACCAUUUUGAAAUCCCACUUGGUAACCCAUUCUGGGGUCAAGCCGUUUAAAUGCUCUACCUGUAAUAAAGAAUUUGCGAAAAACGCCUACCUCAAACAGCAUGAAAUGGUGCACACUGGAGUGAAGCCAUUCAAGUGUGACCUCUGUGAUAAACAGUUUGGCUUUAAGUCAAAGCUAAAAUACCAUCAGAUGAUACACACUGGCGAGAGGCCAUUCCAGUGUGAGGUGUGUGAUGCCCAGUUCUUGACCAACAUCCUGCUGAAGCAGCACGAGGCUGUCCACACGGGGGAGAAGGCCUUUAAGUGUGAGAUCUGUUUUAAGCAGUUUAACUACAGCUCCAAGCUGAAAUAUCACAUGCUGGUCCACACCGGGGAGAAGCCGUUCAAGUGUGACAUCUGCGACAAAGUCUUCUCGCGCAGCACCAAGCUGAAGCUCCAUUUGAUGAUCCACACAGGAGACCGGCCAUUUGAGUGCGAAAUUUGCGAGAAGAAGUUCUCAUUGGGUUCCCACCUAAAGCAGCAUCUCAUCGUCCACUCCGGGGACAAGCCCUUCAAAUGUGAGGUGUGUCACAGGCGAUUUUUCUACAGCUCAAACCUCAAGAGACAUAUGAUAGUCCACUCAGGGGAGAAAAGAUUUGAAUGCCACUUCUGCUUCAAGGAGUUUUCAAACCACACUUACUUAAAAAAUCACAUUAUGAUACACACUGGUGAAAAGCCUUUUGCCUGCUUGGACUGUAACAGGAAAUUCUCCAGUUUUUGGAACCUUAAGAAUCACCUGAUAGUCCACUCGGGUGAGAAACCUUUUAAGUGUUUUGUGUGUGAAAAAGAUUUUGCCAACCACUCCAAUCUAAGAAAGCACCAAACUAUUCAUAUCAGGGAAGAUCCUUUUGAGUGUGAGGUUUGCUUCAAAAAGUUUUCUAUGCGCUCAAGUUUAAAGAGACACCAGAGGAGGUCGUGUAUAAAGGAAGCUGCUCCACCUAGUUCUGAGUGAAGUUAGAAUUAUUCCUAUAUUAAUACACAAUGUGCAUACAAUAUAUUGUAUAUAUAUUGUAUUUAUUAACAGCCCAUACUAGCUCAUCCCUUCUUUCUAAUAAUAUAAGUGUUUUUGUUCCUUAAUUUGUAAAGAUCUGUUGAGUUUAAACAUUAUUUGACCAUUGCUAAAAAACCUUAACAAUUGAUUUACUUUCAAAGUGUUUGGCCAUUGGAGAGGCUCAUUCCAGAUUAACAUUUAGUUUUCUAUCAAAUCCUCAAACAUUAGAAGUUUUAUGUCUGUCAUAAAGAUACCAACGAUUUUAUCUGACACGCAUUUAUAAACAUAAUGUUUUGUUUAACUACAUUGGGGGGGGGGGGGGGGGGUAAUUAUAGCUAAACAUUGAUGCUGUCCCUUGUGAGGGAGAGGCUAAGCAAGUGUCAUGUUCCUGUGAAUGAAUGAAUGAAUGAGAUUUGAAGGGAAAUUGUUGAUGUACAUAAGAUGUAAUUUUAAAAAAAUAAUUUUUUCCACAAUUAUGGUGUUCCCUUGCACAAAACAUGUUAAAACUGAAUAGAUAGAUACAGACAUGACUUGAGAGAUGCUGAUGAUGUUAGCUGAAUGAGCGCUUAAUUAGGUCAAGAUUAUUUGCUGUUAAUUUAAAGUAAUGCUAUAAACACUGCUUAGUGGAUCUUUCAAAAGCUCUUCCAAACACAAUUAUGUGUUUGUAUAUAUAUAAUAUAUAUUAUAUGGUGUAAAUACAAAAGAGACAUUUGUUAACAUUUUUACAGUUAUAAAUAUAAACCUGGAGUUUAAAGUCUUACAAUUUUAAAAAAUCCAACUUUAUUUACUAGUGAUAAAGUAAAUUUUAGAGAAUUGUGCAGUAGAAUUUCAUGGCAUAUUUUAUUGGAAGGAGUAUUUUUUAUCAUUUCCAUUUAAAUAUUCUUUUUUUUUUUUAGAUAGUUUUUACACCACAGUAAAGUUGAUAAUAAAUUAAAAUUUGGCUUUUCCUGUUACCAAAUGAGGCCAAGGGAUUAUGGGAUGGAGUUCACUCUUUUGCUAUGCCCAACGCCAAUUGGGUUGUUUCUUUUUUCUGUAUUUUUUUCAGGUAUUUCUUUCAUGUCACGUGGUGGUGUUGUUAUGGCCUCCUUGAUUUCAUUGUUAUUUGAAUGUGAACAUGGUCUAGUUAAGACCAUUACCACAUGGCUAAGCUUAAAGUAGAUCAGAGACGGAUCACCCCUAUUGUGAAUAAAUGAGACUAGUCCAGCUCGCAACAUUAUCUACAACCAUUAUUUAAUGAGAUGACAUAGGAAUGAAGUUAUCAUGCCAUGCCUGGAAUUGAGAUUUUCGAUUGGCUAACCAGACUGUCGAAUUCCUCAGUUCAUGUCCGAUCAGUUUUGGGGCCCAUUAUGUCUUUGUUUUUACAUUUAUUUUUUUGUUUUAUUUUUGCUGGGAAUGUUUAUGUUAUGAGUAAUUAUAAGAAUGACUUAGACUUUUUUCCUUUAUUAUAUAUACACCUGACUAUCUCUACAGCAAUAACAGGGAACUUUGUACAUCUGUACAGUGGUCUGAAAGAAAGGCAGUUUUAUACCUAAUAUAAAAACCACAAUGGCAUUCAGUCGUUCUCUACAGUAUAUUUACAUUUUAUAAUUAAGACCUGAAGAAAUAAAAUUUAUAUACCAAAAUAUUUAUUUGUAUGUUCUAAUAUAUAUUAUACAUAACAUAUAAUAUAGUUAUUUCUUUGGUGCAUUUCAUAUUUUAUAUAUAAGUUACUCUAAUGUUUCAUUCCUUCUAUUGUCAUGUACUAUGUUCAUGUAUUACCAAGUCCUUAUUUGUUAUAAAUGUGUCCAUAAAACAUAGUCAAUCUGAAAGUGUACAAUUUGAACAUAAAGUCAGAAAAGUUGUUUGGAUAUCA